AUGGAGGAGGGCGUGGAUAGCCCGCCCACCUCCAAAAAAAGACCACGACGGCCUGAUGAUCACCAGAACGGAUCUGGUCUUGGCGGCGGAGGUGGUGAGAAAGACUUUUUGCCAUAUUUUAAACCAAACUAUAAAAGACUUUAUUCUGAAAAUAGUAUAAACACAGAAUUCAAAGUUUUUAUUGAAAACAAAAACGGACAAGAUAAAAUAGGAAAUAAAAGUCCAGUUUAUUUGAACCAUAUAUUUUCGAAUAUAAAAGGAGUUGUAGCGAUCAGACGAAUCAAUGCAAACAAAAUUGUAGUGAUAUUUAAACAACACAAUACGGCAAAUAAUUUUUUAAACAAUAACAGCUUCCUUGAAAGCCACGACUUGAAAGCAUACAUACCAGCAGCCCAAAUAGAGAAAACAGGUAUUAUAAGAUUUGUUCCUGCAACCAUAUCAAACAAAGAGUUAUUUAGUAAAUUGACAUCUACAUUUGAAAUAAUAGCAGUCAGGAGAUUCAUGAAAAAAGUUGGUCAUGAAUUGAUAGCAACUCAAACUGUUAGCAUCACAUUUUUAUCUAACUUUUUACCAGAAAGUGUGCAGUACGAUUUAUUUUCAUACAGAGUUUUCGAUUAUGUCCCCCCUCUCCAACAAUGUUACAAAUGUUUUAAAUUCAACCAUCAUGCAAAAAUUUGUAAUGGCAAACAGCGGUGCUCUAUUUGUUCCCAAGAACAUUUUUAUAAGGAAUGUCCUAAACCAAAUGAGAUUUGCUGCGUAAACUGCAGUGGACCUCAUUUGGCUAUCUCGAAACUAUGUCCCAUUAAAAUGAAAAAAAUUGUGGAUAAGAAAAAUAAAAUUACAUAUGCAAGUGUUGCCAAUUCAAAAUUAAAUAUUGAUUUUCCCCCUCUGCCAGUAUGCUCCAUACCUGUAAAUAAAAAUGAUAAUACUAUUACUGUAAAUAAUACUGUAUCUAAGAAUAUAAAUAAUUCUCUAUCUAAAAAUGUUAAUAAAUCUAUAAUAAGUAAGCCAGUUUCACAGGCUAGUAACAUUAAGUCUCAAAUAAUUGAGAACAGUGAAGUACUUAUGGCCCUGGUACAUACACUUGUUCAAAUUGGAAAUAAAACAGACGACACUCCUAUAACAACAACAUUUAUCAAAGAUAUACUUAUUAAAAAUUUGCCAAGUUAA